CUUUGUCCUGCCUCUUGAAAUGACUGCUUACGUAGACAUGGAUUGCACUCUUAUGCACUCAAAUGCAUAUCAGGCCUUUGUUGAGCUCUUGGUCCUAACAGAAGAUAUUGCUAUCCAGAGGCCACUCCUUUCUCCUUAAAACCAGAACAUGCACAGUGGCAGCAGCACUACAUUCAAACGGGCAGGGACUCCACACUAGGAGUACACAUGGAGUAGACUAAGCCAGACCAAAGCCUCCUCUUUUCUACCUUAGAGACUGAUAAAUUAAAGGGAGGGUAUACUGAGCCAGCCUAGCCAUGGGUGAUGCUGUGAUGUCUGAUGAGAUCCAGAUGGUGGAGUCCAAAACCAGCGGAGAACGUCCAAAAUGGGACAACAAGGUCCAGUACCUUCUGACCUGUAUCGGCUUUGCUGUUGGACUGGGAAAUGUCUGGAGGUUCCCUUACCUGUGCCAGAAAUACGGAGGAGGUGCUUUCCUUAUCCCGUACCUGAUAGCUCUGGUGUUCGAGGGCCUGCCUCUGCUGCACCUGGAGCUGGCUAUAGGACAGAGGCUGAGGACGGGGAGCAUCGGGGUUUGGACCUCAAUCUCCCCGUUUCUGGGAGGAGUUGGUCUUGCCUCAAUGACGGUUUCAUUUUUGGUGGGUUUGUUCUAUAACACAAUCCUGGCCUGGAUCUUGUGGUACUUUUUUCACUCAUUCCAAAACCCCCUGCCUUGGGAGAGCUGCCCAAUCAACAUGAACAGAACAGGCUAUGUCACGGAGUGUGAGAAAAGCACACCAGUUAAUUACUUCUGGUAUCGAGAGACAUUAAACAUCACUCCAAACGUCGAGACGAGUGGCUCACUGCAGUGGUGGAUAGUGCUAUGCCUUGCUACAGCUUGGUUGCUGGUUUAUGUGUGCUUCAUACGUGGCAUUGAAACCAUUGGCAAAGCAGUGUAUGUCACAGCCACUUUCCCAUAUCUUGUGCUCACCAUCUUUCUGAUCAGAGCAUGUACCCUCCCAGGGGCUUCUCUGGGCCUUACAUACCUCUUCACACCUCAGGUGAGUACUCUGAAGAAUCCGAAGGUGUGGUUAGAUGCUGCCACGCAGAUCUUCUUCUCCUUGUCUUUAGCCUUUGGCGGACUCAUUGCAUUCUCCAGCUAUAAUCCCCAGAAGAAUAACUGUGAGCAUGAUGCUCUCAUAGUUGGAAUCGUUAACAGUGCCACGUCAAUCUUUGCCUCAAUACCUAUAUUUGCCAUUCUGGGAUUUAAGGCUACCGAAAAUUUCAAUGACUGCAUUGGGGGAAACAUCCUGGCCCUGACUAAUGCAUUCAACAUUGGAGAUGAGAACAUGACUUUGGAGAACUAUGAUGACUGGCUCACCCAUUUAAAUGCAACUGAUCCCAGUCUAGUGAUGAGCCUCCACUUGAAGAAAUGCAGUCUUCAAACGUUUCUUGACCAGAGUGCCUCUGGAACGGGUUUGGCUUUCAUAGUAUUUACCGAGGCUGUGAUAAAGAUGCCAGGGUCCCAAGUGUGGGCAGUGCUCUUCUUUGUCAUGCUUUUCAGCUUGGGCUUGUCCUCCAUGUUUGGGAAUUUAGAGGGAGUUUUGACACCUCUUCUGGACCUACAUGUAGUGCCCAAAUGGAUGCCUAAAGAAGUUUUUACAGGGUUGAUGUGUAUGGUGUCUUUCACUGUGGCCCUCAUCUUCACUCUGGGCUCAGGAAACUAUUGGCUUGAGAUUUUCAACAGCUAUGUGGGAUCGCUGCCUCUUCUUGUUAUUGCCUUCUUUGAAAUCACAGCAGUAGUUUUCAUAUAUGGGAUCAACAGGUUCAAUGAUGACAUUGAGUGGAUGACCGGUCGAAGGCCCAACCUUUACUGGCAGGUCACCUGGAGGGUCAUCAGUCCACUGAUGCUGCUCGUUGUGUUCCUGGCGUACAUCGUGGUUGAAGCGGGGGAAAAGCCAUCAUACUCUGCAUGGAAUCCAGACUAUGUAGGACAUUUUCUCGGCUCUACUGAUAAUUCCAUAAAGCCAUAG